AGGGAAAUCUUCUACUGAAAAGUUCCAUGACAGUCGGGGUCCUGACGAAGGUAGUAAACACGGUCGAAAACGCCGUUUCCACAGUGCCUUGGAGGAUGGACAUUCAGAGCUUUGCAGUCAGCCUCAUCAUAAGCUGUUUAAUCAUACUCCAAGAAACCACAGCAAAGCGAGACCUACAACUGUACUGUGGAGCAUGCCAGGCUUUGGUAGAUGAGAUCCAGUAUGCCAUUGGGGAAGUAGACCCUCUUGAAACCCUAGAAAUGGGCUUCAGGAUAGACCCCCAGGGGCGUCAGAAAGUUAAGAAGAUCCCCUACGCAGGCUCUGAGGUUCACUUGAUGGAGUUGCUAGACGAUGUCUGCAGUAAGAUGAAAGACUACGCAGAGAGCACAGACCCCGAGACAAAGCUCAAGAAGUAUGUGCGCUUCAACGCCAGAAAAGAAGGUGAUCCUGUGGAACUGACGAACGUGUCUAUCAACCGAGACAUCAGUAAAUCAUUAGAAGUAGCUUGUCGUAAUAUUGUGGAGGAGUAUGAAGAAGAGAUUGUGCAAACCUUUACAGCCAAAGAGCCUAAUUUAAAGACACAAAUAUGCAAUGACGUUGCAGAAGUUUGUUCGGGGCCAGCAGAGGUUAAUUCUGAAAAGACUGAGCUUUGAUGAAGACCAACUGCAAUGUUUAUGUCUCAUCGUGGUAUGUCUAUUUAUCAAAAGUACUUUGCAACUUAAAAAUGGACCAGUAAGGUAUGCAGCCAUUAUUCAAGCACAGAGCCUAAUGUAUGUUGUUACAGGUGUUACUAUCCAGGCUAUUCUUGAGUUUGAAACCCUUCUUCCCCCC